CAUCUAUUAUGAUCAACUCUUCCAGCCUCCGUGCCUGCGUUCAGCCGAAACUCAUUUCCUAGGAAAUCGAGCUGCGGCCAGUGCAUAUACGGACAUGGGCCACGGUCCAACCAGGUUGUUGCCAUGUGGCCCUUGUCUCUGUCCCAAUCCGACGUCCACCUUGGAGCUGGGCGAUUGAGGACGAUCAAGCCUAGUUCUGCGCGUCGACAUCGGCUCCCUUAUCUAGCAGCAACGCGCCCGAGGCCGUGUCUUAAGCCUGCCUUGCUGCAGCGCGUACAGAGCGGAGCGUUGUGAUUGGUUAUGUGAGGUUUGGGUUGGUUCUGCAUCAUUCAGCUGACAAGGCUAUGGGCAGAAUAUCGAUUCCUAACAAAUAUUUUGCUAGCACAUUCACAUAUCUAAUUUUACAAGCAACACGUUGAGGCUCUUACUUUCGUGAUGAUAAUUCACGACUAGUUACACCCCUCAAGAAAUAGCCCGAUCACCGAACCGAGGACUGUUAACAAGCCUGAACCCCACUAAAUCGGACCAGGCAUGAACUCGUUGACUACUCCGCAGCUCCUCUUUCUAGCUACCGCGAUCAUUUUAGCUCAUCUUUGGCAUCGACGCUGGUUCCUGACUACGCACGGUUGGCCUCUUCCGGAUAACGCCUCUGCUGGCUCGCCAUCAAGUCCGGCGGUAGUGAGCGAAAAUUAGACUGGCGAGGCUUCCAGGACGCUGAUGGACCUCCUAGGAUUCUCAGAAUCGUGCGCCAUUCGAUAUUCUGCACCCCAACCCCACUGCCGACACUGAUGAAGAAACUACGCAAGCUGAGGUGGAUAUCAUCGCCGUACACGGCCUCGGCUCGAAUGUUGACUGGUCAUGGACUUGGAAAGACAAGGCUCGGCCUGGUUCGCCGGUGAAUUGGCUGAGAGAUCCGGACAUGCUCCCUCGCGUGAUCCCGAAGUCGAGGAUCAUGGUGUAUAAUUAUGAGUCGAGAUGGCACGUCAAUGCGCCGAGGACUAGGCUUCAACUCUGUGGGGAGGAGCUCGUUCGCAAUUUGCAUGCUUUUCGCAAAGGAUUGCAGGACCGUCCGGUGAUCUUUGUCGGACAUAGCCUUGGAGGCCUUGUAAUCCAGCACGCACUCUUGUUUGCAGAUCGCGAAGAUGAAUUCCGGUAUCUUCCCCGUCACACCUCCGGCUUCAUAGCGCUCGGCUCGCCCUUCAGGGGCACAAAGAUGCAUGGAGUAGCCAAUUUUGUCGCGAGACUAUUGUUUCCAGUGGGCUCUCAUCGAGGCGUGCUGGAGGCACUGGGAUACGAUAACCAGCUUCUACGAGAUAAGCUGCAGGAGUUCUGCCGACUUCGAGAGUCCACGUCGAUUCCUACGUGUUGCUUCUUCGAAGCCUACGAUACAGACUAUGGAAGGCGAUUUGGGCUACCGGGACUAUUUCGGGGAAUGGUUGUGCCGGAAGAGUCUGCGUGCGUCCCUGGUUGGGGACGCUCGCAGCUCCAGACAGAUCAUCUGAAGCUGAACAAAUUCUCUGGUCCACUGGACCGGUCCUUUUUGGCCGUCUCGAGACAAAUAUUUACUAUGUGUAAUACAGCAAAGAACACGGUGGAGGACAUUACAGUUUCCCCCCGACAGCAUUGGAUGGUCCCCUUUGAGCGAAACGAAGGCUUCGUCGGCCGAAAGGACGUUCUACGUCUCUUGCUUGAUAGGAUCUCCCCCAGUGCCAACAAGGACGCCUGCCAGAGGACUGUUAUCCAAGGUCUCGGCGGUAUUGGCAAGACCCAGAUUGCUCUCGAGGUCGCUUUUCGUCUUCGUGAUGCAGAUCCUUCGUGCUCGGUGUUCUGGGUGCCGACGGUGGACGCGACGACGUUUGAGAAUGCGUACCGCGAUAUCGGCCAGCGGCUAGAAGUGGCAGGGCUUGACGACGAUAAAGCCGACGUCAAGGCACUCGUGCAGGCUGCCAUGAGCCGUGAGGAUACCGGUCGGUGGCUGCUGAUUAUUGACAACGCUGACGAUCCGGAGCUGAUGUUUGGCUCGGGAGCACUUGCUCGGUAUCUGCCUUGUAGCACGAAUGGCUCUAUCUUGUUCACCACAAGGACGCGCGAGAUCACAGAGCGGUUAGAUAUUUAUGCGGCAGGUAUUAUUGAGCCGACUAAGAUGAAGCGAGAAGAAGCAAGGGAGAUGCUGCAGACUCGAUUAAGGAAAGAUCAAGUGCUAGAUAGAGCGAGUACAGACAGCCUCCUCGACUUCCUAGAUGACCUUCCACUGGCGAUCCGACAAGCGUCAGCGUAUAUGUUCAAGACGGGGAUCUCGACGGCUCGAUACCUAGAGCACUGUCUGUCAAGCGAUGCGACAUUGGUGAAGCUACUGAGCCAAGAGUUUGAGGACCGUGGUCGAUAUGACAUGAUUAAGAAUCCAGUAGCGACGACGUGGCUCAUCUCGUUUGAGCAUAUCUCGAGAGACAGUCGGCGAGCUAGGGAGUAUCUGGAGUUCAUGUGCUUUCUAGCAGAGAGGGAUAUCCCGAUAUCUCUGCUGCCAGCAGCAAGCGAUGAGAUGGAGACGGAAGAAGCGGUCGGGACGCUAGAGGCAUAUGGGUUCAUCACGCGUCAAGACGAGGGCGAGUCUUUAGACAUGCAUCGACUAGUGCGGUUAGCGAUGUGGAACUGGCUUCGGCAAGAAGGGCAGGCGCGGCAGAGGUAUUGCGAUGUGGUGCAGAGGCUAGAUGAGGUGUUUCCAUUCCCUAAGUAUGAGAACCGAGAGAUAUGGAUGAGGUAUAUGGCACAUGCGCAGAGAGUGGUGGAGAGUGGUGAGGAGUGUGAGGAUGAAGAAGCGAUGUCGGGGCUUCUGUUCAAUGUUGCCGAAGCUCUAUAUAUACAAGGGAGAUAUGAGGGAGCAGCAAAGCUAUACCGAGAGACGCUGGAGAUGAGGCAGAAGGUGCUUGGAAAGGAGCAUCCAUCUACACUUACCGGCAUGAACAACUUGGCAAGGGUGCUUGAUAAUAUGGGCGAGUAUGAAGAGGCAGCAAAGCUAUCUAGAGAGACGCUGGAGAUGAUGGAGAAGGUGCUUGGAAAGGAGCAUCCGUCUACACUUAUUAGCAUGACUAACCUGGCAAAUAUGCUUAGGAAGAUAGGUAAGUAUAAAGAGGCAGAGGAGAUGCAUCGAAAGACACUGGGGUUAAAGGAGAAGGUGCUUAGGAAGGAGCAUCCUUCUAUACUUGACAGUAUGAAUAACUUGGCAAGUGUACUUGAUGAUAUAGGCGAGCAUGAGGAGGCAGAGAAGAUUUAUCGAGAGACGCUGAAGGCGAGGGAGAAGGUGCUUGGGAAGGAACACCCAAACACACUUGACAGUAUGAAUAACCUGGCAAGUGUGCUUAGGAAAUCGAGAGGAGUGGAAGCUGAAGGAGGAGGUUUUUAUGAAGAACAGUAUGGAUAGGCAGAGGCAAAAUUUCGAUAGCUAGUAUAUGCCUAACGAUAUAGAUAUGCCACUGCUUAGCUCAAGAAGCUGGCUAAAUGUGAAGUCUUUCGACAAGGAAAGCAAAAGUAAGAUAGCAGCAUCAACGAUG